AUGGCAUCUGCAUACAGCGCUGAACAGCUUCAGCAGUUCUUCCACCAUGUUGAGUUGCCUCAGAGAUUCAGAGAAGAUCCAGCGCCGACACUCGAGCUGCUGAAAGUCUUACACGUCCACACGUUAUCUACGCUGCCGUACGAAAACUUAUCCAUCCACUACAACAAAGAACACACCAUUACGCUCGAGCCCCAAUACCUCUUCCGCAAGAUUGUGACCGACAGCCGGGGUCGUGGCGGGUUCUGCAUGGAAAUAGCCAUAUUAUACAAUCACAUUCUCCGUGCGAUCGGGUUUGAUGCGUACACGGCAGGCGUCAGAACGCGUGGUCGUCUCCAGGGCGUGCCUCUGGGGACUACCCGGGUGGUACGUAGCCGGCUCCCCUUCGACGCUACAACACCCCUUCAACGCUUACUAGAGGCUAGGAAUCACAUUGUCAACAUCGUUACGUUUCCGGAUGGGAGCAAGUAUCACGCAGAUGUAGCAUUCGGUGGCGAUGGGGCAACCAUGCCGAUGCCUUUGGUGGAUGGGCUGGUGCACCAAAACUUUGGCACUCAGGAGAUCCGCUUGAUUCGGGAUUGGAUCCCUCUCCAAGUCCACCGCACAGAAGAGAGCAAGUUGUGGAUAUACCAGUACAGAAACGGCCGGGAACUCGAAUGGAACUCGUUUUACUCCUUCCCUGGAGUAGAGUUCCUCGACUUGGACUGGGGCGUGGUCAACUUUUGGAUCAACGAAAACUCGCAGAGCCACCAGAGGGUCAACGUGCUAGUUAUCAAAUUCUUGCGUAGGUUGAAGCAGGGCCGCGACGACACGUACGAGCUCUACGGUAAAAGAAUGCUGGUGAAUAGCACGAUCAAGGAAAACCUUGGGGGCAGGACUGGCAUCAUACAGGAAUGCAAGUCGGAGAGCGAUCGGAUUGCGGCACUAGCACACCAUUUCGGCAUCAAGUUGGCCAGGGAGGAGGAGGAAGGUAUUCGCGGCUAUGUUUCCGACCUUGGCUAA